ACUGAAUGACUGAUCAGAAUGUUGAAGGGGGCGGAAGGUUACCUGCCGACCACGGCAACACCUAGACGAAAGUGAGAUUCUCUCGAAGAUGGCUGUAGCAGCGAGUACCCUCGCAGCGGCGAAGCUCGAGCAAUUCAUGUUGCUCGCUCGAAGUGCAAAAGGAGCAUCAGCAGCUAAGCUGAUCGAGCGAGCAACGUCUGCCCCUGGUUGCUUUGUCUUUGCAGAGCUUCUUCAACAACCUUCAAUAAGAGAAUUAAAGCACUCUGAAGAGCAUAGUUCUGCGUAUCGACUCCUUGAGCUCUUCGCCUAUGGCGUACAUGCAGACUACGCAUCCUCUCCAUAUUCUUUUCCUAGCUUGAGCGAAGUGCAAGUUCAGAAGCUCAAGCUUCUAACGCUAGUGACGGAAUGCUAUCGAUCUACGACGCUCAAGUAUGACGACCUUCUCGCGGCAUUAGACCUGCCGGAUAUGCGGGCGCUCGAAGAUCUGAUCAUCGAGGGAAUCUACGCAGGGAUCGUCAGCGGCAGACUAGAUGAAAAGUCUCAAAUCUUUCAGGUCGAAGGAUGUUUGGGCAGGGAUGUGAGGGGAAAGCCAGAGCUUGAAAACUUAGUGAAGGAGCUCGAGAGGUGGUCCAAUUCAGCAGAGUCAGCUCUUCAACUCCUCUCGGAGAGGAUCGAUCAGAUCAAGCAACUCGAUGCGAGUCGUGCAGAGCAACGGAGGAGGCAUGAUGCUCUGCUCUCUGAGCAUUUGCAAAAAGCUGCGCGCCACAUCCACGAAAGUAACAGCAAAGGGCCAGCUGCAAGCGGAUACAGUGCGUUCUUUCCAAGUCAGGGCAACGAGCAUAUGAUGGACGUCGGUAGCGAUGACCUAUCUGCUGCCAGAAGAGAGAAGAAGAAGUAAGCUCCUGCGCAGCUAGAUUUUCGCCGCCUGUAGACAGUGCACACUUGCGAGAAGAGCUCCUUUGACAUGGAAGUUGUUACCAUUUUUUACCGCAGAGGCUCGACCAUCGGCGCAGGCGGACGGGGUAAGCGCAGUAGAC